GCGGCCCGGGGUGGAGGGUUCUAGAAGGCGUGACGUGGGGUCGAGAGCGGGCUCAGAGGCGGGCGCCUCUCAGCAGUCGUUGUGGCCGCAGCUGCCAAGCCUGGGGACCCGGGCGGCCGGGGCCGCGGGCGCAGCCUCCUCGUCUCCCCGGCCAUGGCCGCACUCGGCCGGCCCUUCAGCGGCCUCCCCCUGAGCGGCGGCCCGGACUUCCUGCAGCCGCCGCCGGCCUUCCCCGGUCUGGCCUUCCCGCCGGGAGUGGACGGCGCCGAGCUGGCCCCGCGGCUGGGACCCCGCUCCUUCCCGAGCAGUCCCGGCGGGAGCGCGGGGCGCGGACGUGUUUCAGUUCGCUGCAAAAAGAAACACAAGCGAGAGGAGGAGGAUGAUGAUUGUCCAGUAAGAAAGAAAAGGCUAACUGAAGCAGGGCUAUGUGCUGGUCCUAAUGACUGGAUUCUUUGUGCACAUCAGGAUAUAGAGAGUCAUGGAGUAAAUCCGUGCACUAGUGGCCUCCCUGCACCUGGCAUGUUAGAUGUUAUUUGUGAAGAAAUGGAUCAGACAACAGGAGAACCACAGUGUGAAGUUGCGCGAAGGAGGCUUCAGGAAAUCGAGGACAGGAUAAUUGAUGAAGAUGAAGAAGUUGAAGCUGACAGAAAUAUUAACCAUCUCCCCAGUCUUGUUCUUUCUGACACCAUGAAAACAGGUUUGAAGAGGGAAUUUGAUGAAGUCUUUACAAAGAAAAUAAUUGAGUCCAUGAGCCGUCCUUCCAUGGAGCUUGUGCUCUGGAAACCUCUCCCUGAACUCCUUUCUGAUAAGCCAAAGCCGUCAUCUGAUGCUAAGAACUACACAGGAGAGAGCCACGCCAAGCAUGCGGCUGCUGGCACUGCCUUUCCUGGGAGAACUGAACUGUUCUUGGAACCUCGGCAAACAGGGAUGCCUGUGUACAGUGGUUUGGAGACAGCUGCUUGCACAGAAGAAGAGAUGGAACUCUAGAAACCAGUUUCUAUGCUAAAGCUGUCAAAUUUUAGAAGGCUCAUGGAUUUAGUCAUGAGCCUACUUGUAUAGCAUAGGGACUUGAAAGUUUUAUAAAACGGGUGUAAUAAUAUCUCCACCUGUGAUUUGGGGUGGGACUCUUACUUCGGGUAGCCAUUUCUUGAAUCCAACUUUUUGCCAAGGAAGCUUGUCUCAAGGGAAAAGCAGUUUUCCAGGGGGCUCAUUAAGGGACUGGAAUUGCAGCCUGCAGAGGCAGGUUCAGAAGCUGUGUGUAUCUAAGGGUGACUUAAGUCAUCUGUUACAUUAUCUAAACCAUUCAGAUAAUCAGAAUAUUCAGAUGCUUGAAUCUGAAAACGAUGCAUUGAGAAAAGGAUGCUCUUACCACGCCUAUGCCCUGACAGUUGAGUCACAGCUUCAUCUAUGGAUAGGAGUUCUGUUCGCCAUGGUGACUGAAUAUGAUUGGGAAGAGGAGGGAGAAAAGCAAUAGCAUAAGCCACUUGCUAAGAGAUGUAACAGAGGCUCUGAAACUUGGAUGUUGUCCGUUCUGUGUAUCUAUAUUGAUUAAAUAGCUGGUAGCAUUGUGGCUCACCUCUUAGCCUCUGAAAAUGCAAUGAAAAUACAAAGAAAAGGUUUUUCCUACAAGGCUUUUUUGCCUUGUGCUGCUGUUGCUCCUUGGUUUCCCUUGCACAACUGAUAAGCCCAGUUAUUCAGGAAUGUUUACAACGUAAUUAACUUUGAGUGAUAGUUAAAAAGUGAUUGUGAGGUAACCCAUGUGCAAAUUGGCUACAGAGGGAAGCCUCCCUUAAGUAAUCGAAAGUAACUGCCGUGUCAGCUAAGCCCCGCAUUGAUAGAUAUUUUAAAAAGGUUAUGCCUGUGUUAGCAAGUUGAGUAUUUUAGUGUUAACUUGGAAAACAAUGACAAUAAUGAACUAAGAACGUGGGUAAGCGACAUUGAGAUGCACUGAACUAGCCAGUUUGCCAGGUGUUUUUAACUGUUGGUGCAGUAAACCUCUGAGUUAAUAGAGAACAGCUUCCUGCUAACAGGACAUCUUUAUCUUAAGGAACUAAACCAGGCUCAAGGUGUCCUUUGGGGAUAACCGGGAUUGAAGUUUAUUUCUCAGGAAGGGCUCUUCUGUGUGGCAGGGACUCAGUAGGGUCAAGUAAAGCAACACUUCGUUUAGUGCUAUGGAAUAUCCACUAUAACUUAUUAAAUGGGUGUAAUGGUGUAAUACUGGCCCUUAAAUCACACAACAGGAGACCACCUUAUUUCUUUUUGUUUUGUUUUCUGGGUUUCUUGCUCCUUUGUAGGAAUCAUACCUUAUGUAGAAAAAAAUGGUUUAUGCCAAGUAGAGGUGACUUUUUAGAAACCUGCUCCCAGGCAUUUUUGAAACCCAUGCUGAAAUCCUUCCCCUGUAACAGAUGGCGUAGAAGUAACGAGUCUGUUAAUUGGACUGUUUCUUCCCUUGCCUGUUGUUCCUGCUUUCUCUAUUUCUGUCUGGAUAGUCAGGAAAAGAUUUAAUGUUUAAUAUUUAAACAAUAUUUAAUAUCUACACAGUAAAAUUAUUCAAACUUCAAACCAGUAUUAAAACCAGUUGGAAACCA